CCGAGCAACUGUUUGCAUCGCGCGCGCACUCUCCCACAGCUCUCUCUCUCGCUCUCUCUGUCUGUGUCUCUCUCUGAUUAGAGGAUUCAAAAAGAAGGACCGGCGCCACAGAGUCGCCUGCCAGUGCCGCAAAGGAUUCCCAGUUAUCAUUCCAGUCGCUGCUCCAUCAUGACGGCAGUGCCCAUGAAAGCCCUCAUCGCCGGCGUCUUCCUGCUGGCCAAUGCCUGGCACAUUUCAGCUGGCCACGAGCAGCAGCAGCAGCGGCAUCUGCAGUGCUGGCACUGCAGCUCGGACACCAUUGGGGCGGAGGACUUCUGCGAUGUGACCUUCCAGGAGGACAACAUACCCACGGAGCUCAUCAAGGAGCGGAACAUCAAUCUGCUGCGGAGCUGCAACAGCACCAUCAAUUCGGAUCACGAGCGGCCCGUGUGCCGCAAGACUGUGGAGGAGAACAAUGGCAAAAUAAUCACCAAACGCUUCUGCUACUACACCAACAAAUCGGAUCCCGUGGAGCUGUGCAAUGUCACCAGCCCGGAGAAGAAUGUGCGGCGAAUAUUCUGCGAGGACUGCCUCACGGAUCGCUGCAACAGUGCCCCCGGCCUGGUGGCCAUUAUGACAGCCAUACUUAUGAUUCCAAUACUUGGGCUAAUUCCGCAACUGUCCAUCUAGAGGAGGCGCUGAAGGAAGGUCCUGCCGCAGCAACGCUCUCUCCCCCUCUCUCUGUCUUUGUAUUUUAGUUGGAACGUGAUAUUUUGCCUGUGGCCAGCAGCGCCGGGCUGUUUGCUGAUUACCAAUUUAGUUAGUUUAAUUUACACCUUAGCCUAGACACAACUUCUCCCUCAAAGAUUCAAGAUUGCAGAUUGCAGAUUACAGAUUUAUGUAUGCUAAGUUUGAAUAUGAUUUUGCCUGGCUGAGUGCCGAACAAGUUAGCCAAGCUCAAAGUCAACCCCACAAAGAUUUGCCACAAAUAGUUAUAGAAAUAAUCCACAAACAAAUGGCAGUAAACAGAAGUCUAUACCAAAAACAGUAUACUAUGUAAAACAUAUUUUAAUGUCAAGCAAAAGCACACAAAAAGAACAAAGAAAGAACACAAAUUCUAUGUAAUUAUCACAGCUGCAAACAGACAC